AUGUCACUUCAAAUUGUGAAUUUACCAGAGUUUAGUUAUAAGUCAAACACACAUCACUCAUUGGAUCUUGAAAACUUUUUUAAGGAAUUCGAAAUGAAAUAAUUCUUAGAAGAAUGUAAUUACUCAGAGUAAGAAUUAUAUGUUGAAUGUCGAAAAAUGAAAUAAUUUUAACAGAAGCGUAAAUUAAAACUCAACCAUUACAUAAAUAGUUAUCUCGAGUCACCUUCAGUAAUUAGUCCAGUUUAAUUAUUGCUUUGA